AUAAACCCGAAUAGAUUUUUCGUAACUGGCGGUUGAUUUUCAGAAAACUAUUAAUUAAAAUUUGUUUAUAAUUUAGUACAUUGUGUUGAUAUUUAGCAGUAAUUUGUGUUGUUUUGAAGGUACAGUUUAAAUUAUUCCAAGAAAUCGCAAGUAGACGUUAUUUCGACCAAUUCUUGUUUAUCUCAUGCUUGCACUGUAUUCUAGAACUCUGAAACGCAAUGAAACGAGCUCAACCUUCUUUUUUGCAUGCUAGAGAAAAUAGUGUCGACCGUAGGAUGCGCCCUCGCCCAAACAACCGGGUAAAUCUAGAAUCUCUAAUGUCAAACGAAAGCGAGGCAAACUCGUCGCUAUGUUCGUCACGCAGCCCAUCUCCGGAGGCGCAUCUGGUGGACGAUAUACCCGAGAAUGUUCAACCGUUACAAGUGAAGGAGGAAGAAACGGUUAAAGUUUGCCUUCGCUUAAGACCUCAUCUCAAAUGUUCAACAUCUAGACAGCCUUUCAAGAUUCAGGAUAACGUGUUAUUAGCAAGGAACUUUGAUGACUUAUCUACCGAACGCCAGUUUACGUUUAGUCAGAUCUAUGGUGAUAGCGAAACCCAGGCAAUGGUUUAUGAAAACUGCAUCAGACAGUCCAUUACAGGCGAACGAGGAGCCACAUUUUUAACUUAUGGUACAUCUGGCUCUGGAAAAACUUACACCUUAUACGGAAAUAAUGGAAACCCUGGCAUAAUUCCUCGCGCUAUUGAGCAGAUAUUUAUGGAGAACGAGCCUGCCAUUAAUCAGCACCCGGCACUAAAAAUUGAAAAAACUGGCAUCUGUUUUUUGGACGAUGAUUCGAUUUAUAGAGAACUUAAGAAAAUAGACAACAUGAAACGGAAUCUUCAAAGCAAUGAUGCAAAUAAUACGAAAAUGAAAUCAAUCAUACGCAAGGAACAUUCAUUCCAACCGAAGAACAAUUCCAACGUUCAUGUUUUUAUUUGGGUUUCAUUUGUUGAAAUCUACAACGAGAAUGUGUAUGACCUGCUGGCUCAGGAUUCUAUUUUCGGAAAGCGUAGGGCCAUGAAGAUUUUAUCAAACGAAGGAAACGCAUACGUCAAAGAUUUGACUUCAGUCUUUGCCAGGAACAGCGAAGACGCUUAUCACAUUUUACAGUUUGGGUUACAAAGUGCCAGUUACGGUUCGACCGAUGUCAACAGAAACUCAAGUCGAUCUCAUAGCAUAUUUACGCUGACUGCAGUUUCUUACUGCUUAGAUAGUCAACAGAUCCUGUAUUCAGCUUAUAAAUUUUGCGAUUUGGCUGGGUCAGAACGUCUCAAGAAAACUGGUACCGUUGGAGAUCGUUUGAAGGAAGCCCAAAAAAUCAAUACCUCGUUAAUGGUGCUAGGACGAUGCUUGGAAACAGUACAUAAAAAUCAAAAAACAAAAAAACUUGCAGAUCUCGUUCCAGUUCGCGACUCAAAGCUGACCAUGCUGAUCCAGUCUGCGUUAUUGGGCAAAGAAAAGCUUACAAUGAUCGUGAACCUUUAUCCAACCGAAGAGUUUUAUGAGGAAAAUUUGAACGUCCUGAACUUUUCGUCUAUAGCCAAACAAAUUGUUCUUCAGAAAAAGCCGACUCAGAGGACUGAUCGUGCCACACGUUAUUCGUUUUUCCUGGCCCAGGCUACAAGCAGUCCCUUAUCUCGUUUAGACAGCCAGAGAUUAAUAGUCGAAAAUGAAAGCUUGCGACAGGAACUGGAUCACCAAGCUCAGCAGAUUAACGUUUAUCGGGAACAGCUAGCAGAAAAAGAUUUAGAGAUACAGUUGCUGAAACGAGACUUGUUCCAGCAAGAACUGCAGCUGCGUAACGAACUUGUUGAUGAUUUCGAAACAUACAGCGCUCAACGAGAAGUAAACUUCAAAACUCGCCUGGAACAGGCUUGCAAAGCGGCAAUCGUUCCGUUCAAAUUCCAGAUAAGUCAACUCGAAGAGAAGAACGAACGCCUAAAGGCUCUUGUGGCGGAUAUGGAAUGUGAUGAAGAACAAAAUGAAGCCAAGUUGGAGGAGUAUGAGAAAAAACUUAAGAAAUGCGAGGAACGUCUGGAGGAAUAUGAACGGUGUAAACGAAAGCGUAGACUAUCUCUUUAGUUUGGAAAGAAACAGGUGCUGAGUAUGCUUUUGAGAACUUUUUGAUAAUAACGUUCUUAAUAAACAAUACACUAUACUUUCAUUUUCAA